CGGAAAUGCGUUGAUUGAGUGAGAAAAUAUGGACCAUAUUCAGCAACUACCAUCAUAUGCUUGUUAUAAACCGGAAGGUCUAAACUAAUCAUCUUCUCGAAGAUAUCGACUUCAAACGAAAUCGGAUAACAUGACGACGGCGGCAGCGGCGGAGAGCAGUACUAAAACUAGAAAUUCCAGAUGGUCUCUCGCCAGCGUGACUGCUCUCGUCACCGGCGGCACACGUGGGAUCGGCUACGCUGUGGUGGAGGAAUUGGCGGAGUUAGGGGCGGCAGUACACACCUACUCUCGCAACGAGGCUGAGCUCAACCACCGCUUACAAGAAUGGUCUUCCAAGGGCUUCACCGUCACUGGAUCCGUCUGCGACGCAACUUCUCGACCUCAACGCCAACAGCUUCUAGAAAAAGUCUCCACUAUCUUCAAUGGAAAGCUCAACAUUCUAGUAAGUUCUUUUGUGUUUAUUUCACCGAUAAAUUAGGGAAUUCUUCAAUACAUCAAGUUUCAUCUUAUUUUGCAGGAAUUCCUAAUCUUCUGAAACGAACGCAUUCGUUAUUCAUUCUAGUGGUACUAGUUGUAUUCUUACAAAUGAUUAUACAAACUUCGAAACUGUAGAUAAACAAUGUUGGGACGAACAUAGCGAAACCUAGUUUAGAGUAUACUACAGAAGAGUAUUCCCUGAUCAUGGCUACCAAUUUGGAAUCCUGUUACCAUAUCUCUCAACUUUCACAUCCUCUUUUAAAAGCUUCUGGAUUUGGAAGCAUUGUGUUCAUUUCCUCUGUUGCAGGUUCUGUUCAUGUUAAUUACACAUCUAUCUACGGACCCACUAAAGGUAUAUGGUUUUGUGUUCCUGAUCGUUGUAUUUGGUGUUACAAGAAAUUUUAAGCUUCCAUUUUCUGUUCAUAGCUGCUAUGAAUCAACUUGCUAAGAAUUUAGCUUGCGAAUGGGCGAAAGAUAACAUUCGGAGUAAUAGUGUAGCUCCAGGGUGCACUAGAACUCCACUUGUUGAACCUGUAAUACACCUCAAUCCUACCCUUCUUUAUAUUUAUUCUAUUUAACCCAUUAAAUGUUAUGAUUUUAAUCAACCAAUAAGCAAAUUUUGUGUAGUUGCUAAGUAAUGAGGAGUUUUUGGGUACAAUGGUAUCAAGAAUACCUUUGAAACGCAUUGCUGAAGCUAAUGAAGUGUCAUCAAUGGUGGCGUUCCUUUGUAUGCCUGCUGCUUCUUACAUCACUGGUCAGACAAUUCUUGUUGAUGGAGGAUUUUCUGUUAAUGGUUUCCCGUGACUUGCAAAAAUGCUCAAGGAGUUUCUCUUUUGAUUAGUAUUGAUCUUUCUUUGUUUAAAAAUUAGUGGUGAGUAUCAAAAAUAGAUGAUGUAAGUUAUGAUAUAUGAUGAAUCUAUGAUUGUACAAAACUCGUAUUAUCUCUCUCGGAUUAUAACAAGGUAUUGAAUGUUGAGCAUCAAUGGAAGAAUUCGUGAAG